CUCGAAUCAGUGUAAAGUGUAAACUUUGGCACGCUAAUUGUCAAAUUGCCCUAUAUAAUGACCGGGUCGACCAUAAUCUUGGCGGUGCCGCUCGCCUGGCCAUGCAGAAGAAACGUGCGUCUCGUUAUGGCUGGCCUUCUCCCCGGCGGCGUGCUCGUGGCCGUUCUCCUCCUCCUCGCCGCCGCCGCGCCGGCGUCCGCGAGAGACUACACUGUCGGCGACUCGUCGGGGUGGACGACCGGAGUGGACUACACUGCCUGGGCCAGAGGCAAGGCGUUCACCGUCGGCGAUAGGCUCUUGUUCCAGUACAACAGCGACCGGCACUCGGUGGCGGAGGUGAGCGCGGCGGACCACGGCUCCUGCUCGCCGAGCAACCCGCUGCGUUCGUACCGGGACGGGACCGCCGCCGUCGCGCUCACCAGCCCGGGCACCCGCUACUUCAUCUGCGGCAGCUCCGGCCACUGCGCCUCCGGCAUGAAGCUCACCGUGACGGUCGCCUCGGCGAAGCCGUCUAGCCCCGGCGACGGCGAGUAGGCACCGUCCGACGCGGCCGGGACGACGAAGAGCAGGACCUCGUCGACCACACAAGCGGUGCCACGUACUGGCAGCUGAGCCCGACCUCCUGCGACGACGUGGCUGCUGUUAUUCGCCGCCGUGAACGUUUCUCCCUGAUAGGCUGAUGGCCGCUCGGAAAGAGGCAGUGCUAUUUACAAAUUCCCAUUUCCUUGUGUGUGUCUGAGCUGCAUGCCAUUUUUAGUUCUUUUAUUAUGAGCCACAUUCGCCCGUGUUCAGUGUUUGUGAAGUGUCCGCUUAUGGCAUCCUUGCGUCUUGUUGUUUCUUGGAUCAGGCAAUAAAAUCUUUUCAAACAUUCUCCUCAACAAGUACCCUGAU